AUUUUAAACCAGAUAGGAUCUGACGCUGUGCCUUACUUGUCAAAAAUGAACUAUUUCGCAGUCCUUUUAUUUUUUGGAUUGGCUGCCAUAGCAACAUGUCAGAUUGUCGGCGCACCAGAAGAUGCUACAUAUACUGAUGAAGUUACCCGUAUGGCAAAAUUUGCAGUCGGCGAGAUAGGUUCUGAGUACGCAUUUGUCAAAGUCAUUUCCGGAACGAGACAGCUUGUCAACGGUCUGCUGUACAACAUUGAACUCGUUGCAAAAAGGAUAAUAAAGGGACAGAAGAACAAAAGGAGAAGGUGCAAAGUUAUUGUAUAUGAGGUAGCUCACGAGGGUUAUCUGGAGCUUGAAGAAUUCCAUUGUCAUUUUAAUAACAAGCCACCAAGACUUUAAAAGCAUGAGAAUGAAGCUAAAGAAAAACCAAAAAACAUUAAAAUUCAAAAAAUGAAAAUUCAUGUUUUGUUGAGAAAUAUAUCUGUUUUAAUUCA